AAAACAGCUUUAUCAUUAUCUGAAUAUUACACAAAUCAUUAUUUAUAACAUUUUGGUUUCAAGAUCCGACUUAAAAAAUAUUUAGAUUAAUAAUUAAUUAAUAAGUGUUAAUUAUUUUAUAUUUACUUCGUUUUUCUUUUGGUCAAACUAAUAAUUCAAGAUGCCUGACUAUUUGGGCGACGAAAUGAGAAAAGUGAAGAAAGAUGAGCCUGAAAAAGAUGAAAAAGAAAAAGAAAUCAAAUCUUUGGAUGAAGAGGACAUAGCAUUACUUAAAACAUAUGGCCAAGGUCAAUGGACAAUUAAUGUAAAAGCAGUAGAAGACGAUAUCCAAGGUAUCAUUAAACGUAUUAAUGAAUUAACAGGAAUUAAAGAAUCAGAUACAGGAUUAGCUCCUCCUGCAUUUUGGGAUUUAACUGCUGACAAACAGACUCUUCAAAAUGAACAACCAUUACAGGUUGCCAGAUGUACAAAAAUUAUUAAUGCUGAUUCAGACGAUCCUAAAUAUAUAAUUAAUGUCAAACAAUUUGCCAAGUUUGUUGUGGAUCUCGCAGAUUCUGUUGCACCAACUGAUAUUGAAGAAGGAAUGCGUGUUGGUGUUGACCGUAAUAAAUAUCAAAUUCAUAUUCCGCUUCCACCUAAGAUUGACCCUACUGUUACUCUGAUGCAAGUAGAAGAAAAGCCAGAUGUUACAUACUCAGAUGUUGGUGGAUGUAAAGAACAGAUAGAUAAAUUACGAGAAGUUGUUGAAACUCCAUUAUUACAUCCGGAAAAAUUUGUAAACUUGGGAAUUGAACCACCAAAAGGUGUGUUGUUAUUUGGACCACCAGGAACUGGUAAAACUUUAUGUGCUAGAGCAGUUGCUAAUCGUACAGAUGCUUGUUUCAUUCGAGUAAUUGGCUCUGAGCUUGUUCAAAAAUAUGUUGGAGAGGGAGCGCGUAUGGUUCGUGAAUUAUUUGAAAUGGCACGCAGUAAGAAAGCUUGCUUGAUAUUCUUUGACGAAAUUGAUGCAAUUGGUGGUGCACGUUUUGAUGAUGGUGCUGGUGGCGAUAAUGAAGUACAAAGAACUAUGUUGGAACUUAUUAAUCAGUUGGAUGGAUUUGAUCCUAGAGGAAACAUUAAAGUUUUAAUGGCAACUAAUAGACCAGAUACAUUAGACCCAGCAUUGAUGCGUCCUGGACGUCUUGAUAGAAAAGUUGAAUUUGGUUUGCCUGAUUUAGAAGGGCGAACUCAUAUUUUCAAUAUACAUGCUAGAGCUAUGAGUGUUGAACGAGAUAUUCGUUUUGAAUUGUUGGCUAGACUUUGCCCCAAUAGCACUGGAGCUGAGAUAAGAUCCGUAUGUACUGAAGCUGGUAUGUUUGCAAUAAGAGCUCGCCGAAAAGUUGCUACUGAAAAAGAUUUUCUAGAAGCUGUAAAUAAGGUCAUCAAAUCAUAUGCCAAAUUCUCUUCUACUCCACGUUAUAUGACAUAUAACUAAUAUAAUAUUAAUUAAUUUUUAAAAUUGGCUUAUACUCAAUUUUAAAUUAUUUUAAUGUCUACUUGAAAGAUGUGUAAAAUUGAUUUAAAUUAGCUAUUCAGAAUUAUCUAUAAAAAAUAUAUGAAUGUAAAUUCACAGUAACUUAAUAUAUAUCUUAAUUUUUACUAUUUCUAACCACGAGUAAAUUAUUAAAAUUUUAUUUAAUUCCUGUAGCCUAUUAAUAUACAUCUUAAGAAAGUAUUACAAAGUGUCUCAUCAUGUUUGUCAUAACAUUUUUUUACUUAAGUAGUAACACAAAUAAGGAUAACUAAAGAAAAGUUUGUAAAAUUCUAUGUUGCCUACGUACAAAAUAACAAAUUUACGGUUAUAAAGACUUAUUUUCUUCGAUAUUAUACAAAAUUAAG